AUGGCAGGCGACGACAAGGAUCAAGUCUUGUCUGCUGGCAGCACACCCGAGAAGCACGACACAAGCGUUGAGGCCGUCGAGGAAACCUCCCCGACGACCGACAGCCGCGACGAGAAGUCCCCGAACGCCAACGCCAACGAUGCACCGCCUCCGACCACGACCACCACAGCCGCUGUCCCAGUCCCCGCCGCCGAGAUCAAGGCCGUCCUCGCGCCCAUCGCGCCCGCCUCGCCUGCCCCGGGUAGUGUCCACAGCGGCAGCAGCGGCGCUGCCUCCGACUUCACGCCCCUGGUCACCGUCGUCGGUUUCCACCACGCACGCGGGCCCGAGGUCGAGUCCUGGUUUGGCGCCGACGAGGCCGCGCCCGACCCGGCCGCCGACUACAACUGGCACCUGCUGCCCUUCAUGGCCCUCAGUGACGGCGCCCACGCCUCCGAGGAGGACUUCUCCUACUUCACCCUCCUGCGGCCCGCAACCCCCACCAAGCCCGCCUGCUCGCUGUUCGGCCUCUCCUGCACCCGCCAGCUCGACUCGGCUGCCCUCCUUAACCGAUCCGCCGACGUGACGCGCUCCACGGUCCAGAAGGCCGUCGUCGUCAUCGCCGAUAGCCCCCACUUCUUCGGCGUCCUCCGCGAGCGCCUCGGCAUGGUCACCCACGCCUGGUUCGCCCAGCGCGACUUCACCGACGUUGAGAUUCUCCGCCGCUUCCAGGAGAGCCUCGCCGACGAAAAGGCCCGCGGCGACCUGACCGACACGGGCAGCAGGGACCAGUACCUCGGCAUGAGUCUGCGAGAGCUGAUUCACGAAUACAAGUGGCAAACCCUGGUCCUCCUCAAGUGCUGUCUGUUGCAACCAAAGAUGCUCUUCUUCGGCUCGCGAUGUGACAAGCUCUGCAUGAUUCAGUUUGCCCUCAUCUCGCUCAUACCUGGCCUGAUACGGAACCUACAAGACUGCGCCGACCCGGAGCUCAACGCUUACGAGGAGAAGCUGGCUCCUUCUACUAGCCUGCAGAGCAGCAACCGCUCCUCACUGCUGCAAUUCAUGGGCCUGCCGCUGCAAAUAUUUGGCAAGGGCGCCAUAUUUGGACCAUACACCCCUCUACAGCAGCUUGACAUGCUUGCCGACGUCGGCACCAAAUCAUAUCUCGUAGGAAGCACAAACUCUCUGCUUUUGCAGCAAAGGGACAGAUACAGCGACAUUCUCAUCAACCUUGACGAGGGCACCGUCAAUAUCACAUCACCCUCUCUUAAGGCUGCGUUGGCCUUGACAGCAGCCGACCGCAGAUGGAUCGACUCGCUGACGCACCAGAUUAAUGAAACGUGGGAUGAGACCAACCCCAGCCGUCCCAAGACCCUCCAGUAUGCCGGCAGCGAAGAGUACAUUCGUUCGCAAUUCGAGUCAUAUAUCCUCGGCCUCAUCUCCUCCGUCAAGUUUCAUAACUUCCUAGCUCAGCAAGGAGACGUGACCAAAGGCUCCUUCACUAGCGAGGAGGACCCCGCCGUCGAUUUUGGCCUUGAAUGGAUCGCCGCCUGGCAAAGGACCGAAAAUUACCGUAUCUGGGAAGCUCACACCGACGCCAACCUCUUUGCUGUCUCGGAGCCUAAGCACCCCUGCGCCGGCGGCUUGACCAUUGACGAUGUUCAGCGCCGCAUCGCCGACCAGGUCAAGGACUUGCACCUAGACGAGCGUCUCGCCCAGGGACGCGAGAUGCUCGGCCGCAACCUGGCUGCCGGCCGCGAAAAGGCCUCAUCCAUGUUCAGCAAGCUCUACAGCGAUAUGGAGUACUUGCGCGAAUCUCAGCGCCGCAGGGCCGACGAGGCCGCCGCCGCCGUGGCGUCAAGCGACAAGUACGCCAGUGGCACCGGCAACGCACCGUCCGUGGCGUCGCCGACGUUCGCCGUCGACAUGACCAAGGCUCAGGCCACUAUGCAGUCCGUCGGCACAAAGGCCGGCGCGUACAUGUCGAGCUGGGCCUCAUGGGCCGGCGAGAAGCGCAAGAACAACUCCUGGGCCGCCAACUGGCGCAACAGCAAGAGCGGCCAGCCAAAGAACAACGGUGGCGGCCCCUCCACGCCCACGAGCCCCAUCGACAAGGACUACCAGAUGAUCAGCGCCCCCGGCUCCAGAGCCCCUUCGACGGACGACAGCCGUCGCGCCAGCGCUACCACGCGCCCGCUCACCCAACAGAGCUUUAGCGAGAGCAUCCUCUCCCGCGCGAGCAGCUCCUUUGACAGGCCCCUGACCGGCGAAUCUGUCGUCGACCGCGACGACCGCGACACCCUCGGCGUCACCACCAUCUCGUCCACCGCGUCCGAGGACACUGCCUCGUCGGUGGACCCCGCCGUGGAUAAGAAGAUCGGGGCGGGCGCUGGCGGUGGCAAGCAGGACGGCUUCCAGACAGAAGAGCUCGUCGGUAGCAACGGAACGAGCAAGAAGAGCGCGUCGCAGGAAUCGACAAAGACGCCACCCACGCCUGUGGCGCUGACGCCGCCGGCGACGGGUGCAGAUGGGCCCGAUAACGCAAAGACAGCAGCGGCCGGGGCUGAUGAGACAAAGUAG